AUCCAUAUUUGUACAAAGUCUGUUUUGCAUGACACACAGUGUUAGUAGAUGCCAAAGAGUAGGACGGAUAUACAAAUAAUAUUUCCCUGUCAAUGUAAAGAGACAAAUUGGUUGAAUUAAAGUACUUACAUGUACAUAAUUUCCUCGAAAAUAUAUAAGGGAGAAGUGGGCAAUCGCUCGUUCAUAAUGACGCUGUCAUCGCAAUUAUUUCAUAGCUCUCUCCGUUGUUCGCGCAUGGCGGGAGAAAUCAUGAAUUCUAUUCAACUCUACUACGUAUUCGUAUAUUUCCAAACAGCAACAUCACUAGUUACAACCAUAAGUCCAGGUAACCAUUUUCUCUUAGUAUAGAUGAUUUCCUCGAUGAUUUUACAUUACAUGCCAAACGUUCGGAAAUUUUGAUUUCGACAAUUAAAAGCAUUAGAUGGUUAGUACAAAUAGAUAAACUGUUUUGAUAGGACAAUUAUUCUAUAAUAACAUGUAAACCUUACAGUGUACCAAUUUCGAUGCACCAGAUGCGCAUUUCGACAAAUAAUUCUUCAGUGAUGCUCAAGCUGAAAUAUUGGAAAUCUGAAAUACGAAUAAACUUGUAAGAACACAAAAAAAACCCACAGAUUGCCAAAGACUGGAGUCAAAUUCGUCUAAGGACCAUAGCUAUGCAUGAGGGAGAUAAUCCUUAAUUUUGAAUUGAAUUUCUAAAUUUUAUCACAGCAAUUAAAUAUACAUCCGUAUUUUCAAGCUAGUAACGAAGUAUUUAGCUACUGGGCUGUAGAUACCCCCAGUGACUAUGAUACUGGGCCUGGGAUAUAACACAUACUCUUGCUAUCACAAUGUGUUCUUUACUUUUUACUUAUUCUCCAGAAACAUCGACAUAUAUAGUUUCUGCACAAUCUCAGCAGUCAUCAACUAAUGGUUCUCUGUCUGCCAAUCUUGGUUGUGAUGACAACAUGGAGACCUUCUCUCUAAACAAUGAUGGAGUUAAUCAGUCCUAGUCUCUUGGUUUAGACAAUAUUUAUACGAUUAAUUGGAUCUUUCUUUCCGUUGGUGCUGGAACCUACAGUAUCUAUGUAGAACUAAUAGGCGGUGCUUCGUCUGUGCGGUGUAUGGAUAUCAUACAAUCUGAUGAACUGAAACCUACGUCGUUUCAGCAACUGAUUACAUGUGAAUAUCCUAUUGGUGCCUACAGGAAAGGAAAUAGAAUUAGCAUAACUCGAACAGAAAAUGGACCGAUCAAAUUGUUUGAAUUAAAACCAAUAGGACUUUCUGGUAUCAAUCGAUUAUUUCUACAGAAUUUUACCGAUUUCUCGACGGGAUUUCUCGGUGCUUUAGAUAACGACAUGAACACUUUCUACCAAUCAACAGAAAAUGUCCAGGCAUCUUGGUUUCUGAAAUUGGACAGAAACUAUGAGAUUAAGUGGAUUUUUAUAUCAACCAGAGGAGGAGUUUAUGAAGUACACAUAAAAGAAAAUGAUACAAUGACGAGUUCGUCAACAGUGUGUCAGAAUUUCAGUCUCUAUGGAAUAAAGCAACAAUACAAAGCCGUGGAAUAUUACAAAGAAAUGAAGGGGGAUACCAUUCUAAUAAAAAGAAUCGAUGACGGGGGACUGAGACUGUUUGAAUUGUAUCCUAUAAUAUGUCCGGCAGGUCGCUAUGGACCAAACUGCGCUAAAUGCAGGAAGGAGUGUGUGUCCUGUAGUCCUAUAACAGGUGUCUGUAACCAAUGUCAUGGACCGUUCUAUGGUGACUUCUGUCAGCACCAAUGUCCGACAAACUGUCUCAACGCUACGUGUGACCAGACAUCAGCGACAUGUGAGAGCUGUAUAGAGGGCUACUAUGGAAUGAAGUGUGAUCAAGAAAUUACUACACCUUCAACAUUAAACGGUACACUAAAUCUAAUCUCAUGUUUAACUAAACACUAUCUAAGACGUCUAUCCUCUUUUCGCUUUAUUUGA